GUGUAUCCACUGGACCCCAUCCUGGGGGAAGGGUGUAUGUGACCUGUUUCUCCCAUGCCCUCUGCCCCCACUUGCUACCCAGAAGCAAGUGCUCACUUCUGCACAAACAAGCCAGCUCCCAGCCCAUCGCGGUAGUCAGGGCUGUUGCCACAGCAGUUGCCAACAGCGGCCUGGUCCCUAAGGAACUGUGGCCCUGCUGCCUGCCUGCAGUGCCGGCUUUGCCACUGCUGAGGCGAGGAGAGCAGGGGCAGAUCGGAGGACGCCCACUCUGCGCACGCUGCAUUUGUGAGACCUGGGAGGUGUGCUGGGCGGGCCAGUGGAAAAGAGGAGUGGGUGGAAGGGGAGGCGGGGCUUCUGGGGCAGCCUGUUCUCCUGGUGGCCCUGGGUGCCCUGGCCCCACUUGGCUGCUGGGCGUUGGCGAGUGAGGGAGCAACAGCAGCAGCCGUGCCUGGGCCAUGGCGGAGGAUGCGCCACAGCGGCCGCAGCUGGACAUGCCGCUGGUCCUGGACAAAGAUCUGACCAGGCAGAUGCGUCUGCGCGUGGAGAGCCUGAAGCAACGCGGGGAGAAGCGUCAGGAUGGCGAGAAGCUGCUGCGGCCUGCCGAGUCCGUGUACCGCCUGGACUUCGUCCAGCAGCACAAGCUGCAGUUCGAGCGCUGGAAUGUGGAGCUGGACAAGCCUGGCAAGGUCACCAUCACGGGCACCUCCCAGAACUGGACGCCCGACCUCACCAACCUCAUGACGCGCCAGCUGCUCGACCCCACCGCCAUCUUCUGGCGCAAGGAGGACUCAGACGCCAUGGAUUGGAAUGAGGCCGAUGCCCUGGAGUUCGGUGAGCGCCUGUCGGACCUGGCCAAGAUCCGCAAGGUCAUGUACUUCCUCAUCACUUUCGGCGAGGGGCUCGAGCCCACCAACCUCAAGGCCUCCGUGGUCUUUAACCAGCUCUGACACUGACUCCUCACUGCCAUCCCUCCUCC